AUGCAAGACUUCAAAGAACGCCAGCUCGUUACCGACCCCCAAAAGGCAUUUCAUUUCACCGAUCUCCAAAGACUGAAGCCAACGCGUGCAAACGAUCCUUACGACUACCAAGCAGGAUGGGGAAACCGACAUCAGUCUGAGGUCAUUCCUGGCACUCUACCUGUCGCUCAGAACAACCCCCAAGAAGUCCGGUUUGGACUUUACACUGAAGGCAUUACGUAUUCAGCGUUCGCAGCUCCACGUGCACACAACUUCAGCACUUAUAUGUACCGGUGUCGACCAGCGGCUGCUCACAAGGGUUACGUUCCUAUCGAGACAAAGUCCAACAUCACAAACUGCUUCUUGUCCAUCAAUCCCAAGGUCGACACGCUUCCCGAGCAAGCAGAAUGGCGUCCGUUCCCACUGCCAAAAGACGACGAGAAGAUUGACUUCGCGGAUGGCCUGCAUACUCUCUGCGGUAGCGGAGACCCAAACAUCAAGGAGGGUCUUGCGCUAUACGUGUAUAUGAUUAACUCUAGUAUGGAGCAGCGAGCGUUCUGCAAUACCGACGGUGACUUCCUCAUCUGUGCCCAACAGGGUAAUCUAGAUAUCAAGACAGAGAUGGGCAAGAUUUUCCUACAGCCCGGUGAGAUCUGUGUCAUCCAGCGCGGCAUCCGCUUCUGCCUCAAUCUAGCACCGGGCACGCCAGUGGCGCGUGGCUACAUCACAGAAGUAUGGGGCUCUAUGUGGGAGCUUCCUGAUCUCGGCCCACUAGGCGGCCACGGUCUUGCCAACCCUCGCGAUUUCCUCUACCCGGUAGCUGCUAUCGAUGAUGAUUUGCACGUCGAUUGGCAGAUUGUCAACAAGACGAAUGGUCAGCUCGUGGCGAUCCAACAAGACCACAGCCCCUUCGACCUUGUCGCAUGGCACGGCAAUGUCGUACCUUACAAAUACGAUCUGACGAAGUUCUCGUCACAGAACAGCACAUCUAUCGACCACACUGAUCCUUCGAUCUUCACAGUACUCACAGCCAAGUCCCGCGAUCCCAUGACACCACUCGCAGACUUCCUCUGGUUCGGCCCAAGAUGGGAUGUUGCGACCAACACUUUCCGGUUGCCCUACUUCCACCGCAAUUCCGCGUCAGAAUUCCUUGCCUGUUUAUACGGACAAGGUCUUGGACGAAGCGACGACUUCCAGCCCGGUGGUGGUAGUUUCGAGGGUGGCCACACGCCUCACGGUGGAUUCCAUGAGGGAUACCAGCACGGCAUGCGGAUACAUGAGAAUCAACCCGAGAAGAUAUUGACUGACCAACUGACCAUCAUGGUCGAAUCGAGUCGUCUGUUCCUCUUUACCGAGUACGCCCGUAAAGGCUGCGGAACAAUCGAAACACACGGUACUGACUACAAGGUCUGGGACGCUCUUCCGGACCGCUUCUCCGCCAACAAACGAGCGCAGGAGUUGCUUGCCCGGAUCAAAGACGACAAGAUCGCUGAGAAGAAGAGGCUUGCACCAUACUACUUUGGUGGCUUUUCACAUGGCGCAAACACCAGCGAUACGGAUGGUGUCCAUGCGGAGGAGCUCAAGCAAUAUUUGAGCCCUGAGUCAAAGACCAACGGGACGAACGGCGUCUGGAGUAAGACCAUGUCGUAUCCUUUUGGAGCUGUCGCGAAAGCGGCUCAACGCGCGCACUUCCGACAUGCGGCUAAUCGGAUCGCGAGUCGAACGUCGCAAACAUGGAGGAGAAACAUUGCGACGAAGAGCGAUGUAAACAAGCAGAUGGUUGAGAAACUACCUUUGGCUGGCAUCAAAGUAUUGGAUAUGACGCGGGUGCUUGCAGGACCAUACUGUACACAGAUUCUUGGAGAUCUAGGAGCGGACGUUAUCAAGAUCGAGCACCCUACAAGAGGCGACGAUACGAGAUCUUGGGGUCCACCAGAUGCGCCCUAUACCGAUGGCAUCGAGCGUCAAUUCCCUGGCGAAAGUGCAUACUAUCUUUCUGUGAAUCGCAACAAGAAGUCUGUCGGACUCGCUUUCAACAACCCCACCGGUGUCUCCAUUCUCCAUAGACUAGCCCAAGAGUGCGAUGUCCUCGUCGAAAACUACCUCCCUGGAUCACUUGCAAAGUACCAGCUCGACUACGCGACGCUUGCGAAGCUCAAUCCUUCCUUGAUAUACGCGUCUGUCACCGGCUAUGGGCAAACAGGGCCAUACCGCGACCGCGCGGGUUACGACGUCAUGGUUGAGGCCGAGAUGGGCUUGAUGCAUAUCACUGGCGAGCGCGAUGGGCCCCCAGUCAAGGUCGGCGUAGCGGUGACGGAUAUCAUGACCGGGAUGUACACUGCGAUCGGCAUACAAGCAGCGUUGUAUUCGCGGAAAGAGACCGGCUUGGGUCAGUGGAUCGACGCGAGUUUGAGCGACGUGCAGGUCGCGGGGUUGGCAAACAUCGCCAGCAGCGCGCUGGUGACAGGAAAGGGCGAUAGCGGACGAUGGGGAACUGCACACGCAACAGUAGUACCCUACCGAGCCUACAAAACGAAAGACACCAACAUCGCAGUCGGCGGCUGCAACGACCGCCUAUACGGCAUCCUCUGCGACAAGCUACAGCGUCCAGAAUGGAAAACCGAUCCUCGCUUCCUCACGAACGCGCUCCGCGUCAAGCACCGUACCGAGAUCGACACGCUCGUAGAGACCGAGCUCAUGACCAAGACAACGCAGGAAUGGUUGGAAAUCUUCGAGGGUAGCGGGAUGCCAUACGCGGCUGUCAACGACAUCAAGGGCACGGUCGAGCACGAGCAUGUUCUUGCGCGUAAUAUGAUCGAAGAGGUUGAGCACCCUGCUGUAGGCAAGGUAAAGCUUGUCAAUCAUCCGGUCAAAUAUUCGAGAGCAGAGCCGCGGAUCAGGAGUCCGCCGCCGUUGUUGGGUCAGCAUACGGAUGAGAUCUUGAGGGACAUACUGGGGUACGACGAGGCCGGUAUCAGAGAGCUGAGAGAGAAGAAGAAGGUUACCGUUGGCAAUGGCAACAAUGCAGCACCACUGCCUUUCCGCUACCAAUUUGCUGCCGGGGCUGUAGCUGGGAUAUCGGAGAUUUUGGUAAUGUACCCCCUUGAUGUAGUCAAAACACGAAUUCAACUUCAGCAUGGCAAAAUUAUCGAUGGUGAAGGGUACAGCGGCGUUCUAGACUGCUUCCGAAAGAUCAUUCGCAAUGAAGGUGUAUUAAGACUAUAUCGUGGCAUCACUGCGCCAAUACUGAUGGAGGUUCCCAAGCGUGCUAUCAAGUUCUCCGCAAAUGACUCGUUCACGCAGUUCUAUCAACGCCUCUUCUCAGCCCCAAGCCUGACCCAACCUCUCGCCAUCCUCACCGGUGCCAGCGCUGGCGCGACCGAAUCUCUCGUAGUUGUUCCCUUUGAGCUCCUCAAGAUCCGACUUCAGGAUAAGACCUCCGCGUCACGAUACCAUGGGCUGCUCGACUGUCUCGUCAAGGUAGUCCGCCAAGAAGGUCCAUUGGCGUUGUACAACGGCUUUGAAGCCACGUUAUGGCGACAUAUCGUAUGGAAUGCCGGGUACUUUGGCUGUAUCUUCCAGGUACGCGCUCAGCUGCCUGCCCCGGCAACCUCAAGCAAUCCAAGAAGGCAGAAGAUGGGGAACGACCUCAUAGCAGGGUUCAUAGGCGGUGUUGUAGGAACGACGUUCAACACACCACUAGAUGUUGUCAAGAGUCGAAUACAGAGCGUUGCCAAAACGCCUGGUGUAAGACAAAAGUACGCUUGGGCGUGGCCGAGCUUGGGGGUUGUUGCGAGGGAAGAAGGGUUCAGAGCGUUGUACAAGGGCUAUGUGGCGAAGAUCUUAAGGUUUGGGCCUGGUGGUGGCGUAUUGUUGGUGGUGUAUUCCGCAGUGUUGGACAUGUUCGCCAAGGUGGCAUAG